UUCCCAUCGCACUCCCAUCGACCCACUGAGGCUCCUCCUGUCGCGUCCUGUCUUCUUCACAAUGGCCAACGUCAAGCAAGUCCUCGCCGGAAUCUCAACUUCCGGCAAGAGAAACCGAAAGCUCCUCCUCUCCAUCUCCGGUUGCCUCCUCCUCGUCGCCGCCGUGAUCGGCAUUGUCGCCGGCGUCCAUUCUGGCCACCACGACCGGAACCUAGAUGUUUCCACCCUCACCCCACCGACCCACGCCAUCCUCAAGUCCUCAUGCAGCUCCACGCGCUACCCGGACCUCUGCUACUCAGCCGUCGCCGCCUUCCCCGGAGCUGCCGCUGGCCUCGCCACCCAGAAGGACGUCAUCGAGGCGUCGCUCAACAUCACCACCGUCGCCGUGGAGCACAACUUCUUCGCCGUCGAGAAGCUCCUGAGCAAGAGAAGCAAGAGCCUGACGAAGAGGGAGAAGAGGGCGCUCCACGACUGCCUCGAGACCAUCGACGAGACGCUGGACGAGCUCCGGGAAGCGGAGCGGGACCUGAGCUCGUACCCGAGCGCGGCGAAGUCGCUGAAGCAGCACGCCGACGACCUGAAGACGCUGAUGAGCUCGGCGAUCACGAACCAGGAGACUUGCCUGGACGGGUUCUCGCACGAGGACGCCGACCGGCAGGUGCGGAAGGCGCUGGCGAAGGGGCAGGUCCACGUGGAGAAAAUGUGCAGCAACGCGCUCGCGAUGAUCAAGAACAUGACCGACGCCGACAUGGAGGCGGAGCGCAAGGCCGCGGCAAACCGGAAAAUGCUUAAGGAAGAGGAUCUGGUUCAGGGUGACAAGAGCGGGUGGCCGGAGUGGCUGUCGGCCGGUGACAGGAGGCUGCUGCAGUCGACGGCGGUGAUUCCGGACGUGGUGGUGGCGGCGGAUGGGAAGGGGAAAUACAAGACGAUCUCGGAGGCAGUGGCGGCGGCGCCGGAGAAGAGCAGCAAGCGGUACGUGAUAAAGAUUAACGCCGGGGUGUACAGAGAGAACGUGCAGGUGCCGAAGAAGAAGACCAACCUGAUGUUCAUCGGCGACGGCCGGACCACCACCAUCAUCACCGGCGACCGGAGCGUGAAGGGCGGCUUCACCACCUUCGAGUCCGCCACCGUCGCGGUGGUUGGCGAGCGAUUCUUGGCCAAAAGCAUAACCUUCCAGAACACCGCUGGCCCUUCAAACCACCAGGCCGUUGCGCUCCGGGUUGGCGCCGAUCUAUCAGCCUUUUACGAAUGCGACAUCCUCGCCUACCAAGAUACCCUCUAUGUCCACAACAACCGCCAAUUCUUUGUCAAGUGCUUAAUUGCCGGCACAGUCGACUUCAUCUUUGGUAACGCAGCUGUCGUCAUCCAAGACUGUGACAUCCAUGCCCGCAAGCCAAACCCUGGCCAAAAGAACAUGGUUACUGCUCAAGGACGAAUUGACCCGAACCAAAACACGGGAAUCGUGAUCCAAAAAUGCAGGAUUGCUGAGACCAACGAUCUCCGAUCAGUGAAGAGCAGUUUCCCAACGUACCUCGGUCGUCCAUGGAAGGAGUACUCGAGGACAGUGAUUAUGCAAUCAUCGAUCUCGGACGUAAUCGACCCGGUGGGUUGGCACGAGUGGAGUGGGACCUUUGCCCUCAACACAUUGUACUAUGGAGAGUACCAGAACAUCGGCGCAGGUGCCGGAACCACAAAGAGAGUGAACUGGAAGGGCUUUAAGGUGAUUACGUCGGCUACGGAGGCACAAGGGUUCACCGCCGGGAAUUUCAUUGGCGGAGCCAGUUGGUUGAGCUCCACCGGGUUCCCAUUUUCACUCACCCUGUGAGCAAGAUAAAAUCGGUUUGUACCAUGACCAUUGAUAUUCCGAUUAUGCAUUAGGUUAUCGGUCGAGUGCCUAUCAGUACUUGUGGUUUGGUCAGAGAAAUGAAAUUUGGGCAUUGUACUGACCCAUGGAAAUCACCAUUGGGAUAUUUAGUACAUAUAAUGAGAAGGGAUGACUUGUGCGUUUAGUUCUCUUGAAAUCAAAA